AGGUUGAUAAAUAAAUUCCUUUAAAAAAUAAAAAUAUUAACAAAUAAAUAAAAGAACCCCAAAAAUAUCAAAAAAAGAAAAAGAGCAAUAUCAAAGUGGCAAAUCAAUUUGGUAAGCUUUGUGGCGGUGCAAAGUGCAGAGAAAGAGCUAGUCUUCGCUUUGUCUCUCCCUGUUCCUGAGAAAGAGACUUACUUUUGAGCACCAUUAAGAAGUUGGUGUUGUAAAAACCCUUUUUCUUGUUCAAAUUACUUCUCUCUUUAUGCAUUUGUAUUUCUCAAUGACUCUGCUUUUUGUCGUCUAGAAUUUGCGAGGCAUCAGACACACCCUAUAAAGGAUUUUUGUUGUUAUGCAUAGUCAGUGAGGAGUGCUAGUAUGAGAUCAUGGCAUACUGUCAGUCUUUGAAUCUUCGAGUUCAGUCUUCCUUGUGGAGGAACUUCAACUACUUGGGGGAAAAGUUGAAAAGGGCUCGGAGAGUUGGAAGCUUCUUGUCCAAUCUCAAGACACUUGUUCAGAUUCAUCCUUCAUCCACUUUAUCUAAGAAGGGAUUUUAUGGAAUAUCAAGUACAAGUUCAGCUUUACCUCAAGAUGCUUGUGUAACUUCUCGGAGUAGUACGUUUACCUCCUCUGAAGAGCUGCAUAUGCCGCAUCAAGGGGCAAUCUUUGAUUCCAUCAAAUAUGAAGAAAGAUUGGUGAAUACUACUUCUCAAAGUGAUGUAGCAAAUUCUAGUCCUUCAAAUGGUAGACUAAUGCUUAUAGAUGGCACGUCAAUCAUUUACAGAGCUUACUACAAGCUCUUAGCAAAGUUACACCAUGGUCAUCUAUCACAAGCAGAUGGAAAUGGAGAUUGGGUGUUGACUAUAUUUUCUGCAUUAUCACUUAUAAUUGAUGUCCUGGAAUUUAUUCCUUCCCAUGUAGUGGUGGUGUUUGAUCAUGAUGGCGUUCCAUUUGGUCAUACUUGUGUUUCAUCCAAAGAAAAUAUCAUGGGAAAAGGUAUGAAUUUUCGUCACACCUUAUAUCCUUCAUACAAGAGCAACCGUCCCCCUACACCUGAUACCAUAAUUCAGGGGCUUCAAUACUUGAAAGCAUCUAUCCGAGCUAUGUCUAUCAAGGUGAUCGAGGUACCUGGUGUAGAAGCUGAUGAUGUGAUUGGAACGUUGGCUACUAGGAGUGUGGAUGCUGGAUUCAAGGUACGGGUUGUUUCUCCUGACAAAGACUUUUUCCAGAUUCUAUCUCCAUCAUUACGUCUCUUACGAAUUGCGCCACGUGGAUUUGAGAUGGUUUCAUUUGGCAUGGAAGAUUUUGCGAAGUUAUAUGGAGAAUUGAGACCGUCUCAGUUUGUAGAUGUGAUGGCUCUAAUGGGCGAUAAAUCUGAUAAUAUUCCAGGAGUUGAAGGAAUCGGAACUGUAUAUGCUGUGGAACUGAUCACUAAGUUUGGAACAUUAGAGAAUUUGUUGGAAUGUGUUGAUAAAGUAGAAGGGCAACGCAUCAGAGAGGCUCUGAAAGCAAAUGCUGAUCAGGCUGUCUUAAGCAAGAAUUUGGCAUUGCUACGUUCAGAUCUGCCCUUCUAUAUGGUCCCAUUUUCCACUAAAGACUUCACUUUUGAGAAGCCUGAGGACGACGGGGAGAAAUUUAUGAACCUUUUGAAUGCUAUCAGUGUAUAUGCCAAAGGAUUUUCGGCGGACCCAAUUAUUAGAAGAGCUUUAUAUUUGUGGAAGAAGCUUGAAGCACAAUGAUGUUUUCUGCUGUGUCCAAGCUAUUGUUAUUUCUUUGUAUAGUAAAUUCCAAUGGUUCGGCUGAUAGACGAGCACUAGGUUACCGUUGGCCUUGAAUAUGCCCCUAGCUUUUUGGCCAGAAAAGAAUGAGGAAUAUGAGGUCAAUUGUAAAUUUGUAGCUACAGAGUAGAGAGAUCAAAUAAUUCUUUUUACUCAACUGUAUUUUACAAGAUGAAGCUGUUUUUCAAGAAAAUGAAGGCGGAAAUAUCAUAUUUGAUUUGAGUGUUC